AUGCCUCACAUCCAAAAUGCAAAGCAGGCGGAGGAACUGGUCCGGCUGUCGAGAUUCCCACCAAUGGGCGACAGGAGUUAUCCUCCAGCUGCCUUGAUCAACAAGCAGCAACAUAAAACGCCAGAAGGUCAGACGACAUACGAUGUUUGGAACAACCACGCUGCUGUAAUCUGUCAGAUCGAGGAUCUGGAAGGACUGGAAAACAUUGAAGAAAUCUGCCAAGUGCCUGGUGUUGAUGGGCUUUUUAUCGGCACUGGCGACUUGCGGCUAUGCAUGGGAAUGGCUACUGGGAGUCUUGAUGGCGAUGAGCCUGCUUUCGUGUCUGCCCUCGAGAGAAUACGGGACGCAGCUAGAAAGAAUAAUCUUCCUAUGAUGGGAUUUGGUAUAUCUCACUCAACAUUGGAAAGUAGGAUUAACAUGGGAUGGAAUGCUUUUAUCAUCCACGGAGACAUUGAUGCAAUAUGCAAAUCAGCUAUUCAGGCUCUGGAUUCAUACAGUGCUGUCGCCCGUAGCACUGUUUCGAGCGAGAACAAGAAUGGAGAACACAAUAAUGGCACAAAAAGGAAAUGGGACGGAGAAUAG